GAGUGGACUGAAAGCCACGAGAGAAGCAAGUUCUACCACAACCUCUGCGUCCCCGCGCCCCGCCAAACUGGCAGCUAAAGGGGAAAAGUUUUCCUUUAUAUCGGUGGGCGUGUUGAACGGAAGCAUACGACGGUCGGCCAAGCAGCGAAGCAGGCCGGAGAGAAAAAGAUCAGAGCGAGAGAGAUGGGUUCCGAGGGUAAGGGCGAGCGUCUGCCUCAGGCAAAGCUACCGGAGAUCAAGUUCACCAAGCUCUUCAUCAAUGGCCACUUCGUCGACGCUGUCUCAGGGAAAACCUUCGACACCAUCGACCCGCGGACAGGAGAGGCGAUCGCGAAAAUUGCAGAGGGCGACAAGGAAGACAUUGACCUCGCCGUGAAAGCUGCUCGAGAGGCUUUUGACAAAGGACCAUGGCCCAGGAUGCCUGGCUCACAAAGAGGAAGGCUGAUGAUGAAAUUCGCGGACCUGAUCGACCAAAACGUGGACGAACUGGGCGCGCUCGAGGCAGUCGAUGCCGGCAAGCUUUUGUUCUUGAACAAGAUCGUCGACAUUCCUUUCGUCUCCGGCAGCCUCCGGUAUUACGCAGGCGCCGCCGAUAAGAUCCACGGCGAGACCCUCAAGCUCAACAAUGGGCUCAUCGGACACACUUGGCGGGAGCCGAUGGGCGUGGCUGGGCUCAUAAUUCCAUGGAAUUUCCCGUCGCUGCUGCUCUUCUCGUGCCUAGCCCCGGCCCUCGCAGCUGGGUGCACCGUUGUGGUCAAACCGGCGGAGCAGACCCCUUUGACCGCGCUCUACUUUGCCCACCUUGCUAAGUUGGCAGAUAUCCCAGAUGGAGUGAUCAACGUAGUGACUGGUUUUGGGCCUACGGCCGGAGCUGCACUUGCUUCUCACAUGGACGUUGACAAGAUCAGUUUCAUAGGUUCAACCGAGGUGGGGAGGUUGAUCAUGGCAGCGGCUGGGCAAAGCAAUCUAAAAUCUGUGACCCUCGAGCUUGGGGGAAAAUCACCUCUCAUAGUCUUUGAUGAUGCAGAUGUAGACAUAGCUGUUGACCUCGCCCAUAAGGCCUGCUUCUUCAACAAGGGCGAGGUAUGUGUUGCUGGAACAAGGAUUCUUUUACAGGAAGGAAUUUACGAUGAAUUUGUGAAGAAGUGCGUGGCGAAGGCAAGAGCAGUGGUGGUGGGAGACCCCUUUGAUCCCACCGUUACGCAGGGUCCUCAGGUUGACGAGAAGCAGUUUGAGAAGGUGCUGUCCUACAUUGAACAUGGAAAGAGGGAAGGAGCAACCUUGCUCACAGGUGGUAAAGCUUGUGGAGAUGUUGGUUACUAUAUUGAGCCUACCAUUUUUGCAGAUGUGAAGGAUGACAUGAUCAUUGCCAAGGAGGAAAUAUUUGGACCGGUCAUGUCCCUCAUGAAGUUCAAGACCAUUGAUGAGGCCAUUGAGAAAGCCAACAAGACCCAGUAUGGAUUGGCUUCUGGCAUAGUGACCAAGGACAUAAAUGUGGCCAAUACAGUUGCAAGAUCUGUUCGGGCCGGGAGCGUUUGGAUCAACUGCUACUUGGCGUUCGACCCGGACUGCCCAUAUGGUGGAUACAAGAUGAGUGGGUUCGGCCGCAACCUUGGCCUGCAUGCCCUUGACAACUUCCUCCAAGUUAAAUCAGUUGUCACUCCAGUUCACAACUCUCCUUGGCUCUAACCAUGUACUCUAUAUUUAUGUCUCAUUUGUUGAAUAAAUCCAUGGUCUUUUAGGAGGGAUCACAAAGAGUUUUACCAAACUUGAGUAGAUUGUCUCCAGGGUUCAUGUAAUUUUAAAGAAAUGAAUAGUGAACUGCACUAAGUGGAGCAUGUAGUUUAAUUCCAAAAAAGAGAGGAAAGAAGCAUAUAUAUAUAUAUAUAAUGAAAAUGCUGGAGUUUCAAUA